AGGUAAAGUUCACACAGUCAGUUAACUGACCCAGAAGUUCAGUUAUCGCUCCUUCUGGAACAGAAAACCCAGAGUGUCCCUCAUCUCCGGAUUAACAGACUGAGAGUUUUCACCUAAUCUUUUUAAAAUAUGGGUCCUUUACCAACACGGCUUCAUCCAAACAAGAUGAGAACACUGUUUUUGUUGCUUUUCUUCUGUCACAGUUCAUCAACAGUCAAACACUCCCUGAAGCUUUUCUUGACUGGAUCUACUGGAUUCCCAAGCUUCCCAGAUUUCAUGGCAGCUGUGCUGGUUGAUGACAUUCUGGUCGGUUACUGCGACACCAGCAGAAAGAUCGUAGAACCAAAACAGGCCUGGGUGAAGAAAUUAUUUGAAGAUGAUCCUCAGCACUUGCAGAUGUUCACUCAGCAGUGUGUUGAGGGGACUGCAAUCUACUUCAAAAACACUGUUGACCACUUGAAGCAGCAAUACAACCAAAGUGAAGGUGUUCACAUUUUACAGAGGAUGAAUGGCUGUGAGUGGGAUGAUGAGACCGGAGAGGUUGUUGGUUUUAAUCAGUAUGGUUAUGAUGGAGAAGACUUCAUAUCAUAUGACCUGAAGACAGCGACAUGGAUCGCUCCAAAACCACAGGCUUUCACCACCAAACUGAGAUGGGAUGCUGAGAAAUAUAGAGUAACAAAGAACGAGAAAUACCUCACAAUGAUUUUCCCAGAGUGGCUGAAGAAGUAUUUGGCCUAUGGGAGGAGCUCUCUGCUGAGAACAGAGCUUCCCUCAGUGUCUCUCCUCCAGAAGACUCCCUCCUCUCCAGUCAGCUGCCUCGCUACAGGUUUCUACCCUCACAGAGCCUCACUCGUCUGGAGGAAAGAUGGAGAGGAGCUUCAUGAGGAGGUGGACCACGGAGAGAUCCUCCCCAACCACGAUGGAACCUUCCAGAUGAGUGUUGACCUGAACCUUUCAUCAGUCACACCUGAAGACUGGACCAGGUACGACUGUGUGUUUCAGCUCUCUGGUGUGAAGGAGGACAUCAUCACCAGACUGGAGAAAGAUCGGAUCAGAACCAACUGGGAGGAGCCCAGUGAACACACCAUCCUGAUUAUUGUCAUGGUGGUUCUUGUUGCUGUCGUCCUGAUCGCUGUUAUUGGAUUUACUGUUUCCAAGAAGAAGAAAGCUCAGUCCAGUACUUCCUCUACCGGUGAACGUGGCUCUGAAGAAGAAAAGAAAGGGAUGAAAGAGGACGAAGCAGGAACCAGCAACUAACUAUAUACAGCUGCCGUCAACAGACUGAAUCCAGAAACACGACUGACAAACACACCGUCCUGCUCACAGAGACGUCAUGAGGAACAACAGAUACAACGACAAGAAAACUAAAGUAUUCACUCCUCUGCAGCUGCUUUAAUUCAGUUUAAAGUACAUUUAAUUUUCUGGUGUUCAAAUCAUAAAUAACAAAAAACAAAACAAACGUUGACUCAGAAUAAUCCAAAUACUUUGUUACUGAUGUUUUGGUAACUUCUUAAUAUAAAAGUGAUCAAACUUUAUUUUGCUUUUAUAUUUUUUGAAUCUGUGACAGCAGCUUGUGUUGAAAUCACAAACAAGUAUGUAAAACCUGGUUUAUAAUAAAGAUAAAACUAUAAUUUUCUAGAGAACAUUUGACAGUGAUUUACAGUAUUUCAAGUUAUUUCAUGAUGUCUUUUCAAAGUUAUUUUCUGUUGAAUUUCUGUAAAUACUGAAUGCAUGUAAAGUCUGAUUCACUUACACUCCUUCAUUUCUUUUGUACUGAUUUUUUUUUUUUUUUUUUAAUAAAAAGCUCUUUAUGUAAAUACAUGUAAAUCCUCUCUGUGUCUGUAGUUACUGUGACAUGAAUUGGACCUGAGAACUUCCACAUUAAUGUCACACUGCUGGUUUGAUACAUGAGGAUGAAGAUGAACCUUUAAAAGAGAAACACGAGUACAUGAAAGUCACAUUGAUAGAAACAUCUGCUGUGUUGAGACUUUAUCUCAUGUGAACCUCCUGUGAACCUGCGUCCUCAUAUAAGGGACUUUACAUUUUACACCUUACACCUGAAACUUCACUCUGCUGUACUCAGACCUGUUUCUGCCAUCUAGUGGUCACAAAGCCACAACACAUUAAUGAGUGCACAGCAGUUCCAGCCGGUUCAGUUGAGGUUGUGAUGGCCGUGAUGCUCUCAGCUCUGUGAGGUUGAUGUGGGGAGACCAGUUAUCCUGGCAGCUGUGCUGGUUCUGUAUGUGAGUCUGGCCCGGUUCUAAACAGAGGGUUUUUUUUUAGAGUUCUAUUCACUAAAGGAAGCUGUUAUUUCUCUCUGAGCUCGUCUCUACAUCGGACACAUUUCACAUGAUUUGAUCCAACAUUAAUAUAAAGUCCUGAGUAGUUCAGCUUCACAUACUAAACCUGAAACCAACACUGUGGAAAUACUUUACACUAGUGGUGUUACUGAGCCUAUAAAGCCUGUGUAUAAUACCACUAAACAGCUGUUAGAUGGCAGCAAAGACAUGUAUGAAAUAGAGGCUGAGAGUUUCACAGCUGCCCGACCCAAAGCUCUGGUAUCUGAUGACCUGGGAAUGAGACUCAACAAUCAGCUGUUUCGCCAGAACCACGUGCUGCAUGUUUGAAGUGGGCGGAGCUCUAAUGGGGGAAAUAACGUGAUUAUAUGUCAAUUUCUUUUUUAUUCUUAGGGUGAUUUCAUUAUUGUUGAAUGUUGCUCAGACAUUUAAUGUUUUUUUACUCCCAGCUCACUGCAGUGAAUGAACAUGUUUCAUCAUGUAUUUCACUUUGAGUCUCUCAGUUUUUCUACGUCAUCAUUUGUUUCACUUUCUUUCUAAAUGGAUCCUCCAACCAACUCACAGGGAAAGAAUAACAGAUUUGUUCUGAUGUGCUGAAGGCUUCUGAGUGCAGCACCACGAUUAUAAUUACAGAUCUCAGGUCUGUAACAGUCUGUCAGAUGUAAUGCUGCUAACUACAAACAAAGGUCAUUACAUCAGAACAAUGAGUGUUGAAAACUUUCAUGUGAAAGUAAACGUGUAUUCAACUCUGUGAUCCGACACUCACUGAAGUUACAUCGUGCAGAAACAAGUGACAGAGACAACAUUCAUCUGUUACAAGACACCAAUAUCAAAAUGACUCUGGAGCUCAUUAUUUUAAAGUGAAAAAGUUCAGUUCAACCAAUAUCAGUUUUCAUGCUAAGCUAGGCUAAUCUUGUCUGGGAGCUAACUCUGCUCAGAGUGAACAUUGACAUCAAUAUCCUCAUUCAAGUCCUCCGUGAGAAUAAUGGGAAAGAGCCACACAAUUUAACUUUGAGGAUUUUAUUGAAUAAACAAACAUCAGCACAGAAAGAAAGAACAAGACAUUUGACUUUGACAUUCAUUCAUGUUCAUCCCUGUAAAGGAUUUCAGUAUAUUUAGAUAUACAUCUCCCACUCUGCUCGUCCAGGAGGUACAGUCACCCUGAGGUCGUGCUCGGGGUCAAAGGCUUCUGUGUGAGCAGAGGUUCCUUUUCCUCUUCCUACACCAGAUCUUGUUGGUAGUGGAACAAACGGUUGUAUUAAGCAGCUGGUCAGAUAAGGUGCUGCCUCCCAAACAGGCCACAUUCUGUUCCUCCAACAUCCAACCUUCACUAUAUCUCAGAACAGAGACACACUGGCUCAAACUCCAUAUUCUCCCAACAACAACAACAACAAGACUCAGGUAAGAACAUUUCCACACAGUAUUCUGUGGCAGGUUAAAUAAUCACAGACAGGAAGUUUGUUUCUGCAGAACUGGCACAGAACAACAUUGUUACCACAUGUACUGUCGAACCUGUUCUCCUCCAUCGAGC